AUGGGCUGGAUUUUUAGCUUCCUGAGUGAAUCCUCGGUAGAAACGAACAUCACGUCACACAUCGCCGUGACCCAGGACACCCCCGGGGACCUCAAGCUGGUGAUUAAGGAUUGCAAGAACCUGCUUGGCGGCUUCAGCGUCAACCUGCGGAAGGGCCUCCUCACCAACCUGGUGAGCAGCGUGCUGAACUCUACUCUCAAGACCCUUGUCCCUGCACUGUCUGUGAAACUCAAGCCGUGCUGGAGAACGUGCUGCUGCACCCACGGUGUUCUCACCAGGGCUGUGCCACUUGUCGUUGCAGCUCUGCCCAUUAGUGAACAUCUGGGUCGGCAUCAUCAACAUGAAACUACAAUUCCUCAACCGCGUCGUCUCCUUCGGGCUCCUGGGGAAAAUGUACUCUGCCCUCUCCAAACUGCCGGUGACGUCUGGGCAUUUCGUGGAGCUGGAUCUGCAGAAUUCCCCAUUCCCAAGCACCUUCAUCGACUGGCUCCUCCAGAUCGCAGGUGUCGAUCCCGGGAGCAAUCCAUAGCCACAGGCUGGAAGUACGUGGGGUGCCUCCACAGGCGAUUCCUGAGGAGGAAGAGGAGGGAAGGGAGGAAGAUGACUCGAUACCUGGAGAAUAGACAUGAAAGUGGAGAAAACCCAGCAAAACCUCGCAUUUUCGUCUGCUUUACAUUUCAGACUUCUCAGAUUUUGGUGUCUUUUUACAGCCCAGGGUUAUCUGUGCCAAUGAUCAGCCAUGUCAGUGGUUAGCUGUGUGGGUGGUUAGCCAUGCUGGUGACUACAGAGGCAGGAGCCCCAGAUCUUGCCUCUGUGCUCUCCUGGUUCUCACGGCCACAAGCCACUUGUUAUGGCACUCACUGAUGAAGGGAACACCUUCACCCCUUGUUUCUUCCUCACGCCCACCCCAGCUUCACUGGGGCUGGGGUUUGGGCCAGGUAAUGGCUCAGCACAGAGGGGAUAUUCCAGGUGCUGGAAGCAGACAGCUGGGCUGAAGGCAGGGGUUUGGUCCCCUCACAGCCACCCCUCAGGAAUUUCAGGAUUUUGCACCAACUGCACCAAACCCCUGAGAAGGGAAGGGAGAAAAGGGAUGAACCCGAACCCAAAAGCUGUAAAUGCUUUGUCUUUGCUCUCCUUCUGCUUCUUGAUUAGCUUACCAUUUCAAAAGGGAAUUUUGCUGUUUCCAGUGAUUUCAAGAGGCAAAAAGGCCCCCAGUCUAAUCCAGGCACACACUCAGCCGAUUUGUUCCCAAACAGCGACGCUUUGAACUGAUCAGAGUGAGCGCUAUCCUGCCUUGUAAUCUCCGAGUGGAUUUGGAUGUGCUGCAUUGUGGGUGAGGUGGAUUUG